AUGGAAUUUAUAGCUCUGCCAAAGAUUGAGCUUCACGCCCAUCUCACGGGCAGCAUCUCCCGCCAGACCCUCCACGAAAUCUGGCUCACCAAGAAAGCUUCUGGACACACUGACCUGGAAGAUCCAUUAGCUGUCAUACCAGAGGGCAAACACGACUACAAUCUCGUAACCUUCUUCCCUCUCUUCAGCAAAUACAUCUACGCCCUCCUCACCGAUGAAUUCUCCAUCCGCCACGCCACCACCGCCGUCCUCCAGUCCUUCCUCCAAGACGGCGUCGUCUACCUCGAACUGCGCACCACGCCUCGUCCAACGCCGCUCCUCUCCGCGGCGCAAUACGUCGACAUUUUACUCUCGACAAUAUCUGAAUUCGAGGAGCGGAAUCCGCAGCUUCACACGAGGCUUAUUCUUUCGGUGGAUAGGCGGCAUGAUUUGGAAAUGGCGGCUUCUGUGCUUGAACUUGCUGUUGAUACGUCCAAAGAAGGCGUCUAUGCUAGAAGGCAUGCAAUGAUAGUAGGUCUGGAUUUAUGCGGAGAUCCCUCUGCGCGUCCCUCGGGGGAAAUAUCACUCUUUACACCGAUAUUCGAAAGGGCCCGCGCUGCUGGUCUCGGCAUAACAUUACACUUUGCAGAAAUCCAAGCGAGUGCCUCCAAGGCAGAGCUUGAGACGCUACUAUCGUGGAGACCCCAGCGAUUAGGCCACGUCAUCUGGGAAGAUGAAGAGACGAAAAAGGAGAUUGAGAAACGGAAAGAUGAGCUGUGCCUUGAGCUAUGCCUGAGCUGUAAUGUCCACGCGGGCAUGGUGGAGGGCGGGUUCGAGGGCCAUCAUUUCGGGGGGUGGAGGGGCGUUGAGGGCGUAAAGGUGUCACUCGGGACAGACGACGUGGGCAUCUUUGGCAGCCCCCUGUCCAACGAGCACCGCCUUGCCGCGCAACACUUCCACCUCGAUAACCGGCAGAUCUGUGCCUUGGCCAGAGAAGGCAUCGACUUCAUCUUCGGAGGUGAGGAGGAAAAGGAGAGGCUACGACGAAUCAUGUGGGAUGAGCAAUCAUCAACCAUGACGGCAAGCGCUCAUCGAAUAAUAGAGUAG